AGCUGCGAUGCACACAGUCAUGUAAACCAGGGGAUACACUCUCCCGAGGAGGGGAAUCAAAGGCCACUCGUUGACAACAGAGGCUCUGACUGCGUGGUUCCAGCAACGAUCCACACUCGGCAGUAUUUUAUUGUGUAUUGUUUCUUCUGGAGUGGGGAAGGGGGGGGGCGGGGGACGCCAUAGUACUUUCUUCAGCGCACAGCCUUCCAUGCCUGUACACCUCUGCAAGCAUGUCUUUUUUAUCCAUACCGAGUCAAGAGGGCCUUUUUACCACGAUCAGAACCGGCAGAUCAGCGGAGCGGGCGGGCGGUCGGUCCCACCUGGACGACGGAGCCCACGACGACCACGAGGACGACGACGAUGACGACGACGAUGAGGAUGAAGACGACGACUGCGAGGACGUGCGCCUCAUCCCGAGGUGCUCCCCGGUGCCCAGGAAGCGCGGCCACUCCAUCUACGACGAGACGGCGGAGUACAUGCGCAUCCAGGUCGCGCUGCCCGCCGGGAAAAAGCGAGUGUUUUUCGCCGACACAACAGGUGGGGACCUGGUGGAGGUGAAGGAGUUCGUCGCCUUCGAUUCCGACGACGGCGACGACGAAGAGGAGAGCGCCAGGUGGGAGGAAGAGGAGGCGAAGUAUCGAAAGCCGGUGCGGGAACCGAGCUACCGGGUGCGCCCGGAGUUUGACGCGCCCGGCGGCGGCGCGCUGCUGCAGGCGGUGCACUCCAAUAAAGUGGAGGUGGAGCAGCUGUCUCCCUCAGAGACGGAGCCACUUGCCUUCAGUGGGGUGGUCCGGGUGCUGAACAUCUCGUUCCACAAAGCAGUUUAUAUCAGAUCCACCAUGGACAACUGGGCUUCUUACUACGACCACCCAGCCGAGUAUGUCCAGGGGUCCCACGAUGGCACCACUGACCAAUUCUCCUUCAGGCUGUGUUUUGCACCACCUUACACCACGCACGGCUCUCGCAUUGAGUUUGUUGUCCGCUAUGAAACCUCAGACGGCGAUUUCUGGGCUAAUAACUCCUCUAUGAAUUAUGUGGUCACUCUGCUCCUCUCCUACGAAGACCAAAUGGCUCCGACCACCAACAACAACAACAACAACAUCUUGCAGCAAGUUAAAGGUAUCCUGAGACCCCCACAAGCGUACAGCAUAAAUGAUGAUUUCGAUUCGGAAGAUGAGCAGGAAAAGGAUGAAGACGAAGCGCGGACCUCCAGGACUGGACUGUGCAGACCCACGGGGGUCUGCCCAAUCAUCGUACAGCCGGAGAUUGACAUAGAGAUUGCGGUUCGCCCACCUGGUCCCCGCGUCCCACCGAACCAGGAGCUCCCAUCUGUUGACGGCACGCUGUCUGCUCACGCCGUACCCCCAGGUGAACGAUUCCCCUCCACGUCUCCCCAAACCACACUUCAAUCAGAUCCGUCCUUUGUACUCCGUGCCAGAGAACCGCUCCAGCCAAAUAAGUCCCGGCCUUUACCCAGGCCUCACUGUGAAUUAGGCAACCAAACGUCACAGGCGCCCGGACACGGUAGCACCCGCUCGCUGCCGCCGGCAGCGGCGGCUUCGACUCCCUCUUUGCGACACGAGCCGAGAGCAAACGGCUGCUGGACGGGCGCGGAGGACACAUCUGCCUCCGAAGCCUCCGCCCUUCAUCUUCCCACCGCAGGGUCAAAUCUGCGGCCAACAACGGGAGAGGACCGUCUCUGUCUGGAGGCGCCCGCCGAGUGCUCCGCUCCCGGCUCCGAGCGAGGCGCCGCGGCGGGAUUGAGCCAACGUGUCGCGGGGUUAUCGGAAGGUGGCAUAAUGUGCCAGGGGGGAUGCGGGGAGCAUCUUCCUCCGGCAACGCCUGAACUCACCGAGAGCGCGGGGCGAGACGGAGAGGAGGAAGGCGCUCCCCAGAGUUCCCCUGACGCAUCAUUAGCAUUAUUGGAGAAUCCACCGAACCCGUCGUCCGAGGGUCCUGAGGCGCGGUGUGAGCACGACGCCGGCAGGGAUGUGAUGCCGUGCGUCGUCGUUCUGAGCGCCGUCGUCUGCCUCUCGGUGGCGUUGCAGGAACCCGGCGCCGUCUUUAUCAUUGGACUUCUUUGGGUCUUGCACCGUUUUUGAUCAUGCCACAAAAGUUCUUUCGGAUCUGUUUGCAAGUAAAGUGCCUUUUUGUGAUUCCGAAAUAAGCCAACAAGUUUAGAGAAAGAAAAAAGAAAAACAAACGGGAAACCCAAGUCUGUUGAAGUUGUGUGUCACCGUGUGAGUUUAUAGAUUAGUACAUGUUUUAAUCAAAGAAAAGGGGAGAACUUAAUGAGUGUUGCCAUGCAAGGAGAAAGUAAUUUUACAAAUAUUACAGAUAUUUUUUUAAUGCAUUAUGUGAAAAAAAAUGUGCUAGGUAAUAGAACAGCAGUCAGUUAUUACCCCACUUGUACCACAACGUUGUGAUCACACCCACACUGAAGCACAAUGUUUUGUAUGUGGUCACGUUGAUGUGGUGUUGUGUGUUCCGAUUCAAUAAAUCAGUCCUCUAAUAGACUUUUCAUUGUUGUUGUGAGUGUAGCGAAGGCUGUUGUCUAACCCCACUGACACGAAUUUAACUUUUGUGAAUUCCACCUGUUACGUCUUAAAUGAAGGACAAAAGAAAGUUACGGUAGUGGGACACUUUUGAAACUUGCAAUGGAAUUUUGUUGACAAAAGCAAAGCAGAGGCUUUGGGAUGUGAAGUGUUGCCUUAAUGCCAAAAAAACAACCCACGGUGAACAGAAGAAGGGGAGUGGAUGCUGCUCGAGGGACAAAAGUGGAAAACUGUCCAUUGUGAGAUAUAUUUAUUCCUCAGCGUUGCACAUUUAGUUUGAUGAGUCUUCCCGUGGAUUCUAGCUUUUUAAACCCAUACUGCUGCUGUUGCACAACACAAAACUGUAUCGCACUACUUUGACGGCCUCACAGACCUGAAGCACUGAGUGACGUGUUUGAAGUGGUGGCUAUUUUUUGCAGUGUAUUGCCAUUAAACGUGGUCGUAUCGCCUC